CGCACGCGCUCCACUUCGCUCUAGCCCUCCUCAUAAUCUCACUGCAGAAGAAGAACACAGCGGACCGCUGCUGAAACAAAAUGGCCGAUGUGGAAAUGGAUUUACGGAGCAAGAGGCUUAAUAACGGGCCAGAGGAUUUGGAGAGGCCAGAGAAGAGUGGAAAUGAGGAUGAAAAUGGUGACAUGUCUGGAGAGGAUGAAGAGGAGGUUGAGGAAGAAGCGGAGGUGAAUGGAGAGAAGCAGGACAGCGGUUCCAAACACCACAGCAGUGGCAGCAAACACAAGAAAAAGAAACACAAGCACCGUAGCAAGCACAAAAAACACAAACAUGCGUCUGAGGAAGAUAAGGACCGCAAACGGAAACAUAGACACAAACAUAAGAAGCACAGACGCAAAGAGGAGCCAUCCUCCUCACCAUCUGGGGCCAUCAACAGGAGGGCUGUGGAUGGCUCUCCAUCACUGGGCAGUGCAACCCUGGAUGACAAGGCGCUUCUUGAAGACCUGGAGAAACAACGAGCACUGAUUAAAGCUGAGCUGGACAGCCAGCUGAUGGAGGGGAAGGUUCAGUCAGGAAUGGGCCUGAUUCUACAAGGUUACAAUUCUGGCUCAGAAGAGGAUGGAGUGAAACAGCGGGCACGUAAUGGGGAGCAACGGCAAAGAACCAGUGGGGGCAGAACCCGCUCACCUAGGGACCAGAUAAGCAGGGGGGUUAGAUCCAAACGGGACUCAACGGACACCAGCAAACCAAGCGUUAAACGGCGCAGCCGCUCUCUCUCGAGAGUUGGUAAGGAUGCUAAGCUUGAACGAAUGACCAAAAUUGUGAAAGAGACUGUUAAGGAGCGUAGCAAGUCCAAAGAGAAAAAACGCUCCCGGAGCAGGGACAAAUCCAGGGAGCAUUUGAGGAAAUCCCAGUCCCCGUCUACAAGAAGACGCUCUGCGGAGAGAAAGUCAGACCAGAAGGGACGUUCUGAUCGGCGUUCCUCUCCCCAUAUAGAUGAGAAGCGGGAACAAGUCACACAGAGAUCAAACUCACGAGGACGCAAGAGCCGGUCACGAGAAAGACGAUCUCAUUCUAAAGAUGCCCGGCUGGGUCGCUCGGAGACAGACAGAGAAAAGAGGCCUGGAAAGUCUCCGUCCAAAGACACCUCAUCUGGGAAAGAGAAUCGGUCUCCUCAUCAACGUCGAGCUCUUAGCCCUCAACGUCGACGCAGUUCCUCCCCUCGCCAUAGGGACCGCCAGCCCAACCAGCCCCCAUCGGGUUCUGCAGACCGGAGUUCCAAACUGAGCCACUCGCCGUCUAGAAACAGGUCACCAGUCAGGAGAGGACAAAGUCGCUCAAAUGAGCGCCGGAGAGAUUCUCCCUCCAGGAAGCGUCCUCGUGUGGAUGGAGCUGGGAGAUCAUGGGAAACGAGUCCAGCGCGGCGCAGAGUGAGCCGCUCACCACUCAGACGUUGGUCUGUAUCACCACGGCGACAGUCUCGCUCCUCACCCAGAAGACGAAGUCGAUCGCCCCUGAGACGCAGGUCUGCUGAAAGGGACCGGUUUGGCCGCUCCAGACCACGUCGAUCCACCUCCAGAGAGCGUGAGAGGAGGAGGCGGCGGCGAAGUCGGGAUGAAGACAAGUUCAAAGGCAGUCUGUCAGAGGGUAUGAAAGCAGACAAAGACUCCUCCUCUGAAGAAGUGUGA